CGCGCAGCAGCGCAACGCGCUCAUGGUCCUCCGCUCUGCUUGCGGUCGCAAAAUGGCCUUUCGUGCCAUACGGCGAACAGCAUUCAUGCUCCUUUUAAUGCUGUCCGUAACAGUUUACAUCGCCUUUCAUGAUUUGCUCAUUCCCAACCAGACUAAGCUAGCUCCAAAAUAUGUGUAUACUGCAGGCCAGGAAUCUCACAAUCUCGCCGAAUACAUUCAACUGUCGAGUCGUAAUGACACCUGGUCAAGACCAAGCACGCCAUGGACCCCAUUCAGCUUGAGCAACUGCACUUUUGGCCUGCCUCUUUACUACGCACCUUGUGUAGCACAAAGGUUGCCGAAACAGGUGUUAUACGCGGAAGAACUGAUAUAUCCCGCAUUCGAAAUACGACAGCCCUAUUUCGCGACGUUGGACCAUCGUGCACAGUGGCGUAGGGCUGUGGCAAGCAUUAACGAUCGUGGAGUAUUGCAAGCCAAUAAUUGGCUUGUGUAUAAGGGUCAGUCUGGGCAGAAUUUUGUCUUUGAAAAUGUCACAUAUCUAUCUCCAAAAUUGUACGACCGCUGGUCUGACGACGCAUGUAUGGCCAAGCUAGGCUCAUCCGAAGGCAUCCAGCCAUUUGAUGUGAGCGAAGUCCUGGCUCGACCCAACCCUCCGCGUAUCUACAACACUGCCCUGGUUGCACUUUCACCCGAAUCCUAUGCAUUCCAGCAUCAUCUUGAUCGUAUAACGCACAUCAUUGCUCAAGGCUCCCAUCUCAGCUACGGUCGUGAGACUCCAUACGUUAUCACCGGUCGACAGGGAAACGGUUUCGUCAAGCAGCUAUGGAAAGGACUUGGUUUUGACGAUGAACACGUUCUCUAUCGAACCAGAAAGGAUAUCCUCGCCGAAAGAAUGAUUUUUUCGUGUCGAACGGUGUUGGUGCAUCCAUGGCUGUCAUUGAAAACGUUAGAGGCAUUCGGAAUAGAUUAUAUGAAGCCGUCUGCUACGCGGAACAAGAUUUUGUAUAUGUCACGAUCCGACCGUCAUAUUCACACGCGGAAUGCAGGACGGAGAGUCCUCAACGAGCCAGAACUUCUCAAUGCCAUCGAAGCCCAUCUCGCAGAACGAGGGAAAGGCGAAGAAGUUGUCAUCUUUUCGGAAGGCAUGCUCGAUGACGUUCCGAACUUCUUCAAAUGGUGCAACGAGAAUGUUAUGGCGGUAAUUGGCCCUCACGGUGGAGCGAUGUACCACCACCGCUGGGCUGCGAGAGGAACGUUGGUAAUCGAGAUGAUGCCUACCAGCUACACGUCGAUGGCCAUAUACGAAGAAGCAUCAGUACUCUCGCAGACAUAUGCUGCAUUGGUAGUCGAGCCUAGUAGCCAGGGAGGUACGAAUAUGAUCAUCGAUCCGGAGCACGUUGUUUCGCUUCUGCGUCGACAUCUGGGCAUACCGAUGCAGAGACCACAUCAUUUGUUCGAAGAAGAUCCAGACGACGACGACGACGACGACGAUUCACAUUUAGCCGAGGAUCCGCUGAGGAUAAGUUAUCAAUGGGGAGGCAAGGAACUUGGCGUAUAGGACUCGAACGGUCAGGCCAUCCCUCCAUGUUCAUGUAUGUAUUGGAGAAAAUUUUACUUGCACAUGGGAAUGGAUGUUUCGUACUCAUACAACAGUAGUAAUCCACACACAGAAUCAGUGGCCCUCGGCCUAUACUAGCUGCACGUAGGGAGGAAACCCCAAAUAGACCGUGACGCUACCGAUUUUCCAACAUUGUGAAACCGGUGCUACAUGAUGCGUGACGGUUUCAAUAAUAAGAAAACCAUUCAUGGUGGGAUGAUACAGAAAAUUAGACUGUUUAGGUCAUGGUUCUUCGAGGAUGUUGAUGGAUGAAGAGAUUGUAGAUGACCGCAGAAUGUCGUAGAAAUUU